UCGCGGUGGGGAGGGGGAUAGGGCUAGGGUGCGAUUUUAUGGGGACGGGGGGUGGCCUCGGAGAUGCGGGUUCUGGGGGCGGCGGAGAUGCUGGAUUGUUUGUUGGGAGGGUAAGUAUUUAACUGCUGGCGCGCUGGUUCGGGGAGGGUGUGUGUGCUGGGUGCAGUUGUUGCAGUGAAUUGAACUGAACUGAACUGAAUUGAAUUCACUCUACUGCCUUGGUGCCGUUUCAAUCACCCACUGGACUCGGACACCUUGGAUACUCUCGGAUUUCGAACACUCGGACGACCAAUAUGGAUACCUUCUGCCUCCUCUGGCGUGCGCCGCACGUCAACCCGAUCACCCAGAAAGCUCGCUCAAUCCCUUUCCUCAACCCAGUGUCCACGACCUACGGCCGCACAUUCUUCUUCUCAUGGUUCGGCUUCAUGAUCGCCUUCUGGUCCUGGUACGCCUUCCCACCCCUCCUGGCCGACGUCAUCGCAGCCGACAUCCACAUGACCCACAACCAAGUCGCAAACAGCAACAUCAUCGCGCUGACCGCGACCCUGCUCGUCCGCCUCAUCGCCGGCCCAUCCUGCGACCGCUUCGGCCCGCGCCUCACCUUCGCCGGGUGUCUGCUCGCCGGCGCGGUCCCCACGUUCCUCGCCGGCACCGUGCAGAACGCGUCCGGCCUGUACGCGCUGCGCUUCUUCAUCGGCGUGCUGGGCGGCAGCUUCGUGCCGUGCCAGGUCUGGACCACGGGCUUCUUCGACACGAAUGUCGUCGGCCUUGCGAACGCGCUGGCAGGCGGCCUGGGUAAUCUCGGUGGCGGCAUUACCUACUUCGUCAUGCCGGCGGUGUACAAGGCGCUUGUCGACGACGGGCUGCCGGGCCACAAGGCGUGGCGCGUGGCGUUUGUGGUGCCGGGCGUGCUGAUUGUGUUCGUGGCCGCGUGUCUGCUGGUGUUGUGCGAGGACACGCCGACGGGGGCGUGGGCAAAGCGGCAUGCAGCCGCGGAGGAGAGUCUGAGGCGCCACGAUGUCGUUCCGGGUGUGAAGACGGGCACGCGCGAGGGCGACGUGGUGGAUAUCAGGGGCGAGCUGCAGGACGUGCCCAAGCCGAGUCCCAUGUCGUCGCGCCUGGGCAGCACGGCGGAUAUCGAGAAGAGUUCUGCUGCGGGCCCCGCCGGCGACGAGAAGAAACACGGCUGGAAAGACAACGAGGCGCAGCAGACUGACGCGCAGAUGUACACAACCGCCAGCACCGAAAUCAUCCAAAAGCCCUCCCUCACCAGCGUCCUCCGCAUCAUGUUCUCCCUCCAAACGCUCGUCCCAGCCGCCUGCUACUUCUGCACCUUCGGCGCCGAACUAAGCAUAAACUCCGUGCUGGGGAACUACUACCUGCACGCCUUCCCUUCCAUGACCCUGCAAGCCUCGGGCAACUGGGCCGCCAUGUUCGGCCUCCUAAACGGCGUCGCCCGGCCCCUGGGCGGCUACAUCUCCGACCUGGCCUACCGCCGCACGCACUCCGUGUGGGCCAAGAAAGCCGUGCUGCACACGUACGGCGUGCUGACGGGCGCCUUCCUCAUUGUGAUUGGCGCGCUGGACCCCCGCGACGUGAGCACGAUGAUGGGACUCGUGGGCGCGCUGGCCGUGGUGCUGGAGGGCGGCAAUGGCGCCGAUUUCGGGCUCGUGCCGCAUGUGCAUCCGCAUGCGAACGGCGUGGUGUCGGGGUUUACGGGCGCGAUGGGGAAUCUGGGCGGGAUUGUGUUUGCGAUUAUUUUUCGCUACAAUGGGAAGGAUUACGGGCGGGUGUUUUGGAUCAUCGGGGUCGUGGUUGUGGCGGUCAAUUUGGCAGUUAGUUGGAUCCGGCCGGUUGCGAAGAAGGCGGCUUGAGGGUGGUGGUUGGUUGUUUGUAGCGGUUUUGCGUGGCGUUUGGGUUGGGCUGUGAUAUCAUGGAAUGGGUGUCUGGGUGUUGUCAUGAAUUUACGAGAUUGACGUCCCCCAUCACUGGUACUUCGUGCUCUCCGUUUUCCAUUUCUUGUCUUGUAGCCUUCCGUGAUUUGUGGAGGCAGCGAUGUGACGAAAUGAGGAUGAGCGCAGCGAAUUUUAAUCAGGUUGCGUUUGAUUAUUCUUGUUCACAAACUGGGUAGACAUCUCCUUUAGAGCUCAUGUUGCCCAUCCUUUCUCUACCGAUCUUCUUCUACGCCCAACGUCCGAACGCCAGGCUAAGUACACUAAGCUCGUGCUCCAUAGAAUACCUCUCCGUGGCAAGUACACACGUUCGCUUGCUCACUCCAAGAACCACGG